AUGAACGAGGCGGUUAUCCUGGGCAAGGCAGCGUCUUCGGAGCGGUCAAAAAUAACGACAAUCCUCUUAAAGCGAGAGGGCAUGGGCAACCUAUGGCACUCACUUAUGGAGAUUAUGAGUCUUACUUGGAGCCUCGACGUGCUUCAAAUGAGCAUUGACGCCCAAACUGGGGAACCGUUCAUUACGCCAAAAUAUGGGGCUACGACACAGAUUGUUCUAGCAGAUCAACACGAAGAUGGCCCAUUUAUUGAAUUGUGGAAGCUCUUCGCAAAAAUGCCGAUCCGCCGCAUACACGAGCUCAACGCCUCGGAGCCUGUGUCAGACAUCAUCAUCCCCUUUGCCGGAGGCAGCAACACCCUGUGGCAAGGGGACUGGGAAGACUUGCUGUGCCGUGAAUCAUCCCUGAUAAAGACAUUCGUUUCCCGCGCCCUUGCCCUCUACAACGUGGCCACAUCUGCCAAAGACGACGACAGCGUUGUCGUAACAUAUAUUCGUCGCACAAACACCCGAAAGCUUUUGGAUGAGGACAUGCACAUGGAAGCCAUCAGAAAGGCAAUCCCCCAUAUCAAGCUUAGUGUGGUUGACUUCGCUACCAUUCCGUUUGCCGAACAGCUCAAGAUCGUUCGAGGGACAGACUUGCUAGUAGGAGUCCACGGUGCAGGCCUCACCCACCUAAUGUUCCUCCAACCCGGAUCAGCUGUUCUCGAAUUACUGCCUGAGGGCUUGCAGCACAAGGGAUUUCGCAACCUUUCGCAGAUGCUGGGCAUUGUCUACUUCCGUACUCACAUCAAAAUGCACGGAGAUGCCUCGGGUGAUGACCAGUGGCAAUUUGAUGCUGUUGAAGUUGACCAACAUCAGCUAUUAGAUCUGAUCAACUACGGGGUAAAAAGCCUGUAUAACACCGGCAAGAAAAGCUAUGACAUACUCUGA